AUGGGGAAGAAGUGGAAGAGCCCGAGUGAGGUGGAGAAAGGCUGCUCGGAGCAGGCGGAAGCGGGCAGGAGACGGAGCAGGAGCGCCAGCCGGGGGAGGUUUGCUGAGUCCUGGAAAAGGUUAAGCUCGAGGCAGGGUUCCACCAAGCGGGCUGGGCUCGCCUCCCAGCAGGCGCCGGCUCAGAAAUCAUGGAUAGAGAGAGCAUUUUACAAGAGAGAAUGUGUUCAUAUCAUACCCAGCACCAAAGACCCCCAUAGGUGUUGCUGUGGGCGUCUAAUAGGUCAACAUGUUGGACUGACUCCAAGUAUCUCCAUUAUUCAGAAUGAGAAAAAUGAAAGCAGACUCACUCGAAAUGACAACCAGUCAGAGAAGUGGUCCAUCAGCAAGCACACUCAGCUCAGCCCAACUGAUGCCUUUGGGACCAUUGAGUUUCAAGGAGGGGGUCACUCCAAUAAAGCCAUGUAUGUACGUGUGUCUUUUGACACAAAGCCUGAUCUUCUUCUGCACCUGAUGACAAAAGAGUGGCAGCUUGAGCUCCCCAAGCUUCUCAUCUCUGUGCAUGGAGGCCUUCAGAAUUUUGAACUUCAGCCAAAACUCAAGCAAGUCUUUGGGAAAGGUCUGAUUAAAGCCGCCAUGACAACUGGAGCAUGGAUAUUCACUGGAGGAGUAAACACAGGAGUCAUUCGGCAUGUUGGAGAUGCAUUAAAGGAUCAUGCCUCAAAAUCUCGAGGGAAGAUCUGUACCAUUGGUAUAGCCCCUUGGGGAAUUGUAGAGAACCAAGAGGACCUGAUUGGCAAAGAUGUGGUCCGACCAUACCAGACAAUGUCCAAUCCUAUGAGUAAACUGACAGUACUCAAUAGUAUGCACUCCCAUUUUAUUCUGGCUGACAAUGGGACUACUGGCAAAUAUGGAGCAGAAGUGAAACUUCGUAGACAGCUGGAAAAGCACAUCUCACUUCAGAAGAUAAACACAAGAAUUGGGCAAGGGGUUCCAGUGGUGGCACUUAUUGUGGAAGGAGGGCCCAAUGUUAUCUCUAUUGUCUUGGAGUACCUACGAGACACUCCACCUGUUCCUGUUGUGGUAUGUGAUGGCAGCGGCCGGGCGUCUGACAUCCUUGCAUUUGGUCACAAAUAUUCAGAAGAAGGAGGACUUAUCAAUGAGUCUUUGAGGGACCAGUUACUAGUUACUAUCCAGAAGACUUUUACCUACACUCGAACCCAGGCACAGCAUCUCUUCAUAAUCCUCAUGGAGUGCAUGAAGAAAAAGGAGCUGAUUACAGUAUUUCGCAUGGGAUCGGAAGGACACCAGGACAUUGAUUUAGCUAUCCUGACAGCAUUACUAAAAGGAGCUAAUGCAUCUGCUCCAGACCAACUGAGCCUAGCUUUGGCCUGGAACAGAGUAGACAUCGCUCGCAGUCAGAUCUUUAUUUAUGGGCAACAGUGGCCGGUGGGAUCCCUUGAGCAGGCAAUGCUGGAUGCCCUGGUGUUGGACAGAGUGGAUUUUGUGAAAUUGCUCAUUGAGAAUGGAGUAAGCAUGCAUCGGUUUCUCACCCUCUCCCGACUAGAGGAACUGUACAAUACGAGACAUGGACCAUCCAACACUUUGUAUCAUCUAGUGAGGGACGUCAAAAAGCGAGAAUAUCCAGGUUUCGGUUGGAUCUAUUUUAAGGGUAACCUACCUCCGGAUUACAGGAUAAGUCUGAUUGAUAUUGGCCUGGUAAUUGAGUACCUGAUGGGAGGAGCUUAUCGCUGCAACUACACCCGAAAACGGUUCAGAACCCUCUACCACAAUUUGUUUGGACCCAAGAGGCCAAAAGCCCUGAAACUUCUGGGAAUGGAGGAUGACGUCCCUUUGCGAAGAGGAAGGAAGACCACAAAGAAACGAGAAGAAGAAGUGGAUAUUGAUUUGGAUGAUCCUGAGAUUAACCAUUUCCCUUUCCCCUUCCAUGAGCUGAUGGUGUGGGCUGUGCUGAUGAAGCGUCAGAAGAUGGCCCUCUUUUUCUGGCAGCAUGGGGAGGAGGCUAUGGCUAAGGCUCUGGUGGCCUGUAAACUCUGCAAAGCCAUGGCCCACGAGGCAUCAGAAAAUGACAUGGUGGAUGACAUAUCCCAGGAGCUGAACCACAACUCCAGGGAUUUCGGCCAGCUGGCGGUGGAGCUGUUGGACCAAUCGUACAAGCAAGAUGAGCAGCUGGCAAUGAAACUGCUGACCUAUGAGCUGAAGAACUGGAGUAAUGCCACGUGCCUGCAGCUUGCGGUGGCAGCCAAGCACCGAGAUUUCAUUGCUCACACUUGCAGCCAAAUGCUGCUCACAGACAUGUGGAUGGGCCGGCUCCGGAUGCGCAAAAAUUCAGGUCUAAAGGUAAUUCUAGGAAUUCUACUUCCUCCUUCAAUUCUCAGCUUGGAGUUCAAGAACAAAGAUGACAUGCCUUACAUGUCUCAGGCCCAUGAGAUCCAUCUACAAGAGAAGGAGCCAGAGGAACCAGAAAAACCAGUAAAGGAAAAGGAAGAGGAGGACAUGGAACUCACAGCAAUGUUGGGCCGAGGGAAUGGAGAAUCAUCAAGAAAGAAGGAGGAAGAAGAAGUUCACAGCAGACACAGACUGAUCCCUCUCGGAAGAAAGAUAUACGAGUUCUACAAUGCACCCAUAGUUAAGUUUUGGUUCUACACGUUGGCAUACAUCGGGUACCUGAUGCUGUUCAACUACAUUGUGCUAGUGAAGAUGGAUCGUUGGCCUUCUACACAGGAAUGGAUAGUUAUCUCCUAUAUUUUCACACUGGGAAUAGAGAAGAUGAGAGAGAUAUUGAUGUCAGAACCUGGGAAGCUGUUACAGAAGGUAAAAGUGUGGCUCCAAGAGUACUGGAAUGUUACAGACCUCAUAGCCAUUCUCCUGUUCUCUGUCGGAAUGAUACUUCGUCUGCAGGAUCAGCCAUUCAGGAGUGAUGGGCGAGUCAUAUACUGUGUUAACAUAAUUUACUGGUAUAUACGUUUGUUAGACAUCUUCGGCGUGAACAAGUAUUUGGGACCAUAUGUUAUGAUGAUUGGGAAAAUGAUGAUAGACAUGAUGUAUUUUGUCAUCAUUAUGUUGGUGGUUCUGAUGAGCUUUGGUGUCGCAAGGCAGUCAAUUCUUUUCCCCAAUGAAGAGCCUUCAUGGAAGCUGGCAAAGAACAUUUUUUACAUGCCCUAUUGGAUGAUCUAUGGGGAAGUGUUUGCAGACCAGAUAGACCCUCCCUGCGGCCAGAAUGAAACCAGAGAGGAUGGCAAAAUAAUCCAGCUGCCCCCCUGCAAGACAGGAGCAUGGAUCGUUCCAGCCAUCAUGGCAUGCUACCUCUUGGUUGCAAAUAUCCUUCUGGUGAACCUCCUCAUUGCUGUUUUUAACAACACAUUUUUUGAAGUCAAAUCUAUAUCCAACCAAGUGUGGAAAUUUCAGAGGUAUCAAUUAAUCAUGACAUUUCAUGAAAGGCCAGUCCUACCACCUCCUAUGAUUGUUUUCAGCCACAUGACUAUGAUUUUUCAACACCUCUGCUGCAGAUGGCGGAAACAUGAAAGUGACCAAGAUGAGAGAGACUAUGGACUAAAACUGUUCAUAACUGAAGAUGAACUAAAAAAAGUGCAUGACUUUGAGGAGCAGUGCAUAGAAGAAUAUUUUAGAGAAAAGGAUGAUAGAUUCAAUUCUUCCAAUGAUGAAAGAAUCCGCGUCACUUCUGAAAGGGUAGAGAACAUGGCCAUGCGCCUGGAGGAGGUGAACGAACGAGAACAUUGUAUGAAGGCUUCACUUCAGACUGUAGAUGUCAGGCUUGCUCAGCUGGAGGAUAUGAUAGGACGAAUGGCUGCAGCCUUAGACAAGCUGACUGGUAUAGAGAGAGGGGAAACUACUAAGAUACGAUCUAGAACCUCCUCAGACUGCACAGAUGCAGCCUACAUUGUGAGACAGAGCAGCUUCAAUAGCCAGGAAGGGAACACUUACAAGCUUCAAGAGAGUAUAGAUCCUGCAGGAGAGGAGUCAAUAUCCCCAACCUCUCCUACCGUCACGCCCCGCCUGCGAAGCCACUCUUUUUAUGCAGUGAAUAUGAAAGACAAAUGUGGGUUAGAAAGGUUGGAAAAUAUUUUUAAAGAAAAGUCUGUGAGCCUGCAUCGAGCGAGUAGCUCACACUCUGUAUCAAAAGAAGCAAAAGUACCGUUAGCCCCUACAAGCACUUUGUCAAUUGCCCCAGACUCCAGAAGGCCUUCGUCUUGCAUAGAUAUUUAUGUUUCUGCCAUGGAUGAGUUGCAUUCUGGUAUAGAACCUCUCGACAGUUCAAUUAAUAUUCUUGGUACCGGAGACCCAUCUCUGCAGGCUCAAAUAGCCUCUUCUGUUCUAGCAAACAGUGUGUAUAUUAGCAGUACUCCCAGUGACAGAAUUUCUGGCAGGAGCAUUGAUUGUGAGGAAACCUCUACAAUGGAAACAAGAGUGUUUUCUUCAGACUAUUCACAUAUCACAGAUAGCCAAAACCUCUGGGAUUCAGACCCUCCUUUGUAUCAGACCUUAGAGCGAUCUAAAAGCAGUCGCUAUCUUGCUACUACCCCAUUUAUUCUGGAGGAAACCCCAAUCGUGAAGUCUCAUAGUUUUAUGUUCUCUCCUUCUCGGAGCUAUUUCAGCAGCCUUGGGGUGUCAGUCAAAACAGCAGAGUACACAAGUAUUACAGACUGCAUAGACACCAGGUGUGUCAGCGCUCCCCAGAAUACUGCAGAAAGAUCCAGUUUUCCUGGAAAUCAUGGAGACAAAGUGGAGGACUUGGGAUGCUGCCACCCGGAGAGAGAAGCAGAGCUAAGUCACCCAAGCUCUGAUAAUGAGGAUAUUGAGGCCAAAGACAAAAAGGGGGCUUCCUUAUCUCCUCAAGAGAGCAGCACAGCAAGAACACUGUCCAACAACAUACCGCUUCCAAAAAUAGAGAGGGCCAGCAGUUACUCAGCAGAUGAGUCCAGCAUGUUAUAUGCACACACAAGGAAAAGCUAUUCUAUCAGUGAUAAACUUGAUAGACAGCGUAACACAACAGGCCCACGAAAUCCAUUCCAGAGGAGUAAGUCAUCCAGGCCGGAGAGUAGAGGAGACAACUUGUCUAUGAGAAGGCUGUCUAGAACAGGCGCUUUCCCUAGCUUUGAAAGCAAGCACAGCUAG